UGCAGCGUGUGCGACUCAAAGUUUUCCAUCGGCAGUGGUGGGAGAACUUCAAUCACAGAACACGAGGGGAGUAGUCUACGCUCCUCUAUACCCCCACCCCACCCCAGGGGGAUUGGCCCAAAAUAUUCUGGUCACCUUACAUGACGGCUGACAUGACAUCAACAAUGACCAGCAGCAAGGUGUACGCAUGUGCGCUGCUCGGCGUGUGCGCGCUUGUCACCAUUUGUGCAGCGCGCCCCCGGGAGGAAUCUCUAAUUGCAGUUGGCAAGGCUGUGGCACAUAGGACCGGCGGGAAGGACAGGGGGCUGCCAGCGCGUAUCGUCCGGAGAGACUGGAUGGACUCACUGACUGAAGAGGAGCGACAGUACAUGUCCAAAUACAUCCCGCAAAUGCUUGCAGAGCUCUCCAACAGUGAGGGGUACAAUCAUGUAAUGAACUCUGUCCACCCUAUCAUUGAUCGUGACUACAACGGUUGGAUGGACUUUGGUCGUCGCAGCACAGGUGAUGGAGAGCAGGACUCCUGAGCAAGACUUCUGAUCACCCCUCAACAUGCCACCAAGAGAAGGAUGAUGUAGGAAUCAAAGUUCUGUUCCAAAAGCCCUAGGUGUGAUACUAGAAUGAGUCUCCAACCAACCUGCAAUAUACACUAUACACACUUGUUUCACUAAUGUAUUCAAAUAAAAAUGACUUUACAUUCUGUACUUCA